GGGCUUAACAUCUUUUAGCCUAUCUGUAGAGGAUAUCAGAGGGCAAAGUUUCUGUCAUGAAAUAGGACUAAUCAACUUAGUUGAAUUUGUAUUUAAAGCAAGGUUAAACUGAAUUAAGACCAUUUUUGAAAGAAUUGUCAGAUGUAUCUUUCAACCUGCAGCCAGAGAAGCUUCUGCAGUUGAAGGCCAGAAAGUCUUUGUAUGGUUCUUCCAUCUGCAAUAUCAAAGACAAGAAGCCUUCGUAGAGGAUGGCCUCCUUUGGGGAUUCCAAAGUAAGACAAUCUCAUCUCCUUUUGGUGAUUCAUCUCCACGGCUUUUCCUAAAGGUAACAUGUAUGAGGAAGAGAGGUGAACUCCAUUAGUGGCGAGAGAUAUUGAAGACAAACCCGGUGAUGGCUGUGAACCCUUUAUUGACACCAACAGGGCAGCAGACAAUCCCACUGAUCCCCUCACCAUUUGGGCCUCCAACUGUGGACAGAGAGGUAUUGCCUUCCACUGUAGCUCCAACUGACCCAAGACAGUUUUGCGUUCCUUCCCAAUUUGGAUCCUCUGUUCCACCAAACGCAAAUAUGCCAAAUGUGUUGUCCAGUCGGAUCUACCCAGGUUGGGGCAUUUUACCACCUGAAUCCAUAAAGGCAGUGGCCAGAAGGAAUGAAAUGAUUCAAAGGCAUCAUACUGCCAGGACAGAAAUGGAAAUGUAUGCUAUUUACCAGCAAAGGAGAAUGGAAAAAAUUAAUCCCAAGGGACUAGCAGGCCUAGGGAUACCCUUCCUCUAUGGCUCCGGUGUCCCAGCUGCCCCCGCUGCCUACCAUGGCAGGAGCAUGCUCCCUGCUGGUGACCUGCAUUUUCACAGAAGCACCCUCAGAAACCUUCAGGGAAACCCCAUGCUAGUGGCAACCGCACCACACUUUGAGGAGAGCUGGGGGCAGAGAUGUCGUCGACUCAGGAAAAAUACAGGGAAUCAAAAAGCUCUAGACAGUGAUGCUGAGAGUUCCAAAAGUCAAGCAGAAGAAAAAAUCCUAGGUCAGACUCAUGCAGUUCCCUAUGAAGAGGAUCAUUAUGCAAAAGACCCAGAAAUUGAAGCACCCAGCAACCAGAAGUCAAGUGAAACGAAUGAAAAGCCAAUGACAGCUCUUGCCAACACCUGUGGAGAGCCCGAGCCCGAGCCCGAGCCCGAGCCCGAGCCCACCCAUAGGAAACCCUGGGGGUCUCACACCACUACCCUGAAAGCAAAGGCCUGGGAAGUUGGGAAAGAGGAGGCUUCAGAGCAGAUUUUUGCAACCUGUGAUGAAAAGAAUGGGAUUUGCCCUCCAGUUCCUCGACCAUCUCUGCCAGGAAUACAUGCACUGGUUACAACUGGGGGGAAUCUUUCUUUGGAUGAAGAUAUUCAGAAGUGGACCGUGGAUGAUGUGCACAGCUUCAUUAGCAGCCUUCCAGGUUGUUCAGACUAUGCUCAGGUAUUUAAAGAUCAUGCAAUUGAUGGAGAAACUUUGCCAUUACUCACAGAAGAGCAUCUUCGAGGCACUAUGGGAUUAAAGCUAGGGCCAGCACUAAAAAUUCAAUCACAGGUAUCUCAGCAUGUGGGAAGUAUGUUCUACAAGAAAACUCUUUCAUUUCCUAUGAGACAAGCAUUUGAUCAACCAGCAGAUACAUCCCCUCUUCUGGAUUCUAAUUCCUGGAGUGAUACAAUGAGCAUUUUUUGUCCCCAGGAUACAAUAAUUCCUAAAGGAAUUGAGCGAGAUAGUAUGAGAAACUAAAAGCCCUCAAGGAGGAAGAAUCGUCUUAGCCAGUUUUCCAAAGAGCCUAGGAUAUUACAAAGGAUGUGUGAGGAUUUCCCAGGACUAGAUGGAGAAUAAGGAGAGAAAGUCAGCCUUCCUGGAGCUGUCACAAAGGAGACUUGCCCAAGGGGCUUCCCUGCCAGGGCUGAAUGACCCCAGCACCAAAUGACUGGAGAUGCAUCCUUAGGAGCAAAUGCUAACGAAGGGGAGAUAUACACACAUCAAGAAAGCUGCAGAUGGAUGUUUCCAUGAAGAAAUCUCUGAAGAAACCAAAAGAGCUGAAACUGAAAAAAAGAGCUCCCUCCCUUUCUUCACUCAUUUUCCAUUCACAAACUCUGAAAGAGAUAAAGGCAACCCAAUGAAACCACAGAGAGGCAGAAGAGAACAGGCAGAAGUACAGAACAGAAAUGGAGAAGCUGACCACGACUCCACCUUUUCUCAUCCCAGAUUUCCAGCGUGAAGCAGGCCCAAGGGGAGAAGCUUUAACCUUAAAUUUUCACAUUUUGGCCGGGCAUGGUGGCUCACACCUGUAAUCGCAACACUUUGGGAGGCUGAGGUGGGCGGAUCAUGAGGCCAGGAGAUCAAGACCAGCUUGGCCAACAUGGUGAAACCCCGUCUCUACUAAAAAUA